AUGAAGUUUUUGCUGUUAAUAGGUUUUAUAAUAGCGUGCUGUAAUGCUCAGCUGAAGCAAGAAAGGCGGUUUCCGGAUGAUUUUCUAUUUGGUACAGCAACAGCGGCUUACCAGAUCGAAGGAGCAUGGAACGCAGACGGCAAGGGAGAAAAUAUUUGGGACCAUAUGACCCACAAUAGGCCUCAUGUCAUUCCGGACAUGAGCAACGGAGACAUCGCAGCAAACUCUUACUACAACUACAAGCGCGAUGUUGAAAUGAUGAGAGAACUUGGAAUCGACGCUUACAGGUUUUCUAUUUCAUGGUCUAGAAUUUUGCCAAAUCCCUUAGCUCCUUACAAUGUCAACCAGGCUGGCGUUGAUUUCUAUAACAAUUACAUCAAUGAAAUGUUGAAAUAUAACAUAACACCCAUGGCUACGAUUUUCCAUUGGGAUUUACCUCAGAAGUUGCAAGACCUAGGUGGUUUCAUGAAUCCCAUGUUCCCUGAAUGGUUUGAAGAUUACGCUCGAGUUGUGUUUGAAAAUUUUGGUGAUAGGGUUAAACUUUGGAUAACAUUUAACGAACCCAGAGAAAUUUGCUACCUAGGCUAUGGCGGUUAUGAAAACGCUCCCCUCUUAAAUUUAACCGAUAUUGGUACAUACCACUGUGGUAAAAAUCUUAUACUUGCUCACGCAAGAGCCUACCAUGCUUAUAAUAAUGACUUCAAGCCAAACCAGAGCGGCGAGUGUGGUAUUACUAUUAGUGUAAACUGGUUUGGUCCAUUAACAGAUUCAGAAGAAGAUCAAUAUGCAGCUGAACUUAGGAGGCAAGCAGAGUGGGGAAUAUACGCGGAACCAAUAUUUUCUGAACAAGGUGGUUUCCCGAAGGAAUUUGCGGAGGUCGUUGCGAAGAAAAGUAUCGAACAGGGGUACUCAAGAUCUCGUCUGCCUGAACUUUCUGAGGAAGAACGAAAAUUCAUCCAAGGAACUUAUGAUUUCUUUGGUAUCAAUCAUUAUACGGCUAGUCUCGUAUCAGCUAAUGAAUACAAAACUAUUAACCCCGUUCCCUCCUUGCUGGACGAUGUAGAUGUUGGUAUAUUCAAACCAGAUGAUUGGCUCCAAUCCGCUUCAGCGUGGCUUAAAAUGGCACCAGAUAGUGUAUAUAACGUCCUGACGCAUCUUAGCGAUAAAUAUAAUAAUCCUCCGUUUUACAUAACUGAGAACGGUUGGUCUCAGGUCCCAGAAGCAGGGUUAAUAGAUGACGAGAGAAUCUUGUAUUACAGGGCAGCGUUGAACAGUGUAUUAGAUACUCUUGAAGCUGGCGUUAAUCUUAAAGGCUAUAUGGCUUGGAGUUUAAUGGAUAAUUACGAAUGGAUGCACGGAUACACACAACGUUUCGGCUUAUACGAAGUAGACUUUACGAGUGAAACCAGAACUCGCACGCCGAGAAAAUCAGCGUUUGUUUACAAGCAGAUUGUGAAGACGCGUGUAAUAGACCCCGACUACGAACCGACUGACAUGGUGAUGCGGAUCGAUGAAGGACAUUAGAUAACAUAUUACAAAAAAAGAACGUAACAAAUAAAAAAU